AAGAAACGGACUCUUAGUAAAAUUGAAAACCUCCAUAUAAAAUUGACAAAAAGUUCAGUUCCUGGAGCGGUUGUGCAAGUCCCGAUCGCCACCGUCCACCGCCAGCAUUCCGUACCAGCAGGGUCGUACCGCCGACGCUCAGCGGCGGAAAAGCCAUUCAAACUAUGGUAAUUCGAAUCCUAAAGAAUCUAACUUCGAAACCUACCACCACUAGCGCCACCGCCGCUGCAACUUUCCAACUCCGCUGCAAAACCACAUCGGCCGAGUACGUAGCAUCUAGAGCAAGAGACAUAACCUUCGAGAAGCUCAUGGAGAAUUACAAAAACCUCUUCAGAGUCACUGAAAUCCAAGACCUGAUCCUCGCCAGCCGCUCCAAUCCACCUUCCGUCUCCGUGGAUUUCCUCAACCGCCUAUCUCAGAGACUCCACCUCAACCGCGGCGCCAUAGCCUUCCUCCGCAGGUAUCCUCAUAUUUUCCACAUAUUCUACCACCCCUCCAAAUCUCAACCUUACUGCGCGCUCACUGAGACAGCCAUGGAAAUCUCUAGAUUAGAGGCACAAUCCACCAGUUCUUCAUUGGCCCUUGCUGUGGAGCGCUUGGUCAGAAUUCUAUCGAUGUCCCUCACCAAAACGGUGCCGCUUCGUGCUAUCUUCAAGAUCUGGAAAGAGUUAGGUCUUCCUGAUGAUUUCGAGAGCUCUGUACUCUCAUCAAAUUCUCAUAUAUUCACACUCGAUCAUGGAAACGAGCCAAACACUCAUGUAUUGAAACUAGUAACUGAAAUCCCAAAGGAGACCCUAAUUGCUUCUGUUGAAAAUUGGAGGAUCAAGGAGUGUUGCAAAGAGGAUUCAGGCGGUCUGGAUAGAACUGAAAUUCUAUAUAGCUUCAAACAUUCAUAUCCUCCCGGAAUGAGGUUGAAGAGGAACUUCAAGGCCAAAGUUAAACAGUGGCAAGGCUUACCAUAUAUUGGUCCGUAUGAGGAAUGGGGAUGUAGGGAGGAGGAGGAGGAGGAGAAGAAGAAGACAAGUAAGAGGCAAAUGAUAGAAAAGGAGAAGAGGGCAGUUGGGAUAGUUCAUGAGUUCCUGAGUUUGACAGUGGAGAAGAUGGUGGAGGUUGAAAAGAUAAGCCAUUUUAGGAAAUGGUUUGGGAUUGAUCUGAAUAUAAGGGACUUGUUCCUCGAUCAUCCUGGGAUCUUCUACUUAUCAACUAAAGGGUACAGGCACACUGUUUUCCUUAGGGAGGCUUAUGAGAGGGGUUGCCUCAUUGAACCAAACUCUGUUUAUGAGGCUAGGAGGAAGCUUCUACAUCUUGUAGCGAUGGGGCGACGCGGGAUAUCUGUACACAAAACCCCGAGACAGGAAGAGGUAGAAAAUCAACAGUGGCUGGAAUAAUACUGUCUUUGUUCAGGGAAUUUUAAAAGGAUAUGACUAGGCCACAAACUUAAUUCUUGAUGAAUCUCAUGAAAGAGAUUAUUCAAUCAAGGUUACCAAACAGUGGCUCUUAUAAUGCAGAAAGGGAUACACCAGCUUGUCUCAGGACUUUACAUCAUCAUAGUAGGGGACAGUUUUUGUGACUUGUGAUGUUUGGGAGUUAGAUGAAGAGCUGGUCGCAAGCUUGGACAUGUCAGAGUUUAGAGCUCAUCCUUUGAAAGCUUUUGUCCACUGACUCCUCUAUGGGUCAUCGGGGAGCGCGUCAUUUACAAGAGUUCUGCAUUCGAAAUGUUUAAGGAGACGUAUUUUUGUAUGUUAACUCCGUCACGAAUUUUUAACUUAGAAUCGCACAUUCCUGCAAUUUCAACAAUGUUGGCUCUAGUAUUUAAAUAAUAGGGACUAGGGAGUAUGUAUUAAUGAUCGAGUGACAUAUAUGACCACCUUGUAACGUUGCAAGACUCACAUUCCAUAUUAAAUUUCUACGUAGCAAAGAGGCGUCUAGACUGGAGCAUAGUCAAUGAUGUGUGUAAGGAGGGUCGACCUCCUGUUAUGCUAACUCCACUGAAAGAGUGAGUCACAAAUACAUGCAGGCGGCGGACAAUGAGUUGCAUACAAGGACAUUGAUGCCGGAGGGAAGGGCUGUGAGAUUGAUGAGAGCAGACACUGGUGGGAAGACCAGUGAUGGCAAUGAAAAGGGCAGUGAUGGUGGGAGCGAAGGGCAGUGAUUCAAGUAAAUGGAGUGAAUUUUUUUAAGUUUAGACCAUCAGGAAUAUAAAAGAGUCUUAGUCUUAUUAUCUAUGUUUAGUCAUAUUAUUUUUAGUCAUAUUUAGGGAAACUGAUGAUGUUUAAUCAUAGUCUCAGUAAAUUUCCCUGGAGUAGUGCUGGAUAAAUUGAAUCACAUCAAACUCUACUUCAAUAAAAUCACAUCUCUUCAUUUUUAAUCAACUCCAGUUAUCACAUACUCCAUGCUACCCAGGUGUUGUUCCUCUUUAAUAAAAGGUCGACAGACUUGCUGCCACUAUAGAAUAUAUUUCCAUUUUAUUUAUAUUUAAUUAUUUAAAAUGUUUGUAAACGACCUUGCUGAAUAUAGUUAGAUGUAAAUCAUGUAAUUGUUAAAGAGAGGCUUUAUUGUGUUGAAUAUAAGCCUCUCAAUCCCUGAUAAAUGUUUUGUUAACACUGGAAGAUUAUGUAUGUAC